AUUUCUUACAAAUAUGUCAGAGGCCAAUUCUAGAAGUUACUACUUCAAAUUUAGAGCACAUACAGCUGAUGAUGUGCAGGUCAGACAGAAUGAUUGACAUGAAGUGGAGGCUUCAAAGCAAGUGCUUAAAUAAGGGCAUUCUAGAGACAGAAUGUCUGCCUUACAUCGGGAAACCUAUCAACUUGAAACGCCAGGUAACAAACAAGGGUGAACUAUUGCUUAAUAGUACUACUGAGGAGCAGCAUGUGCAGACUAGCACCACUCCCUUCCACUCUAUUAAUAAGAUAAAGAUACAACAAAUGUAUCAGGAAAGCUAUGACCUUGACAAAAGCAAGAAUGUUUAUAAGGACUUUAGUCCUCAGAGCAGUUUGCCUCUAAAAUAUCACGAAAUUAAGAAAAAUUUUAGCAAUUUUAAUAUGAGAUUUAACAGCCAGCAAAAGGGCAAAAUCACCCGGAAGUACGAGAGCCUUGAGAUGAAAGAGAGAGGAUUCAACCGGAAAGGCUCUUAUUAUCAAAAUAAAAAUCUUGGGUGCUCCUUAGACAAAAAUCUUCAAAAGAGUCUUGAUAACAAGAGAGUAUCUCCGACACAUCUUGGGAGAGUGCUUGAUGCUAGUGCCAAGCAAGUCCAAACCAAGGGGGUUCGGAAUAAAAGUACUUCAGUAUGCAUCAACCAAAAUACUAGUAUUCCUCAAUCUAAAAAGGGAAUUCACAAUUCGCUGGUAGGGUUAGACAGUAAAGAGACUUUUCAGAAAUAAGACGAAGAUAAAUCAAAAAUGAGUCAAGACAAAUGGGUCUAAGUUCAAGAGCAAUUACCAAGGCAGAAAGUACGUUCAUCUAGAGAAAAGACUCGGAUCUCUGAUUAAAUAACUUCAGUUUGAGUUCAAGCAUUGAGCUGAAACAGAGGAAGAGAAACCAUCUAAUCUAUGGCAACAACCAAGGUAGUCUUAAUAGCAGGAAUACUGCUAUCUGUCCAAAUAAUAAAGCUACAAUUCAAAGACUUAGCACUUUGGGUAACUUAAAGGAGAAUGACGCACUCAGAAUGAACCGAAAGGUCUGGUUUGGACCAAAAGAUAGUACUACACCUUUGGAGUCAGAUUGACUAGGACUUGGAUCAAUAAAGUUUCAAUACAGAACAACUGAUGAGCCAAACAGAUCUCUAGGUAGAUCUGACCUGAUAAGGGAGAAUAAUAUACCAAAGGUUGAUAAAUCUAAACCCUUAAAAAUGAAUGAUGACUUGGAGUACAUAUUUGCUUCUACAAAGCCCCAGAAUGUGGUUAAUCAGAGCAAACAAAAUGUUAAGGAUCUGAAGAAGAGAGACCAUUUCAUUGGGAAGAAAAUUAGUAUUACAACUCCGAUGAGCUGAGGGAUUAAUACCUUGGGCUGUCCAUUGGGCUCAGACUAGAUUAUAUAAUGCCAAAUAACAAAGAUUCUUACUCUCAAGUGAAUAGUUCCAGGAGAAUUGA